GAAUUUCAAUUUCAGUUUUUGACUCGCAGUCGCCGCCAACGGACGUGUGCGCCUCGCGUGUUUAUUGUGAGAAAUCAAAACGAAUUGAACGAAUACGAAACUUGAACUCGAACGCAAAAGACUGAACCGUGCGGAAAAUGUGAAUGGGAAAUUUGUGAAGAGUGCGAAGUGAAAUAAUUGCAAAAUCAACACAAACAAGUGCAAGAAAUCAAAGAGCAACGCCAAGGGCUGUGUCUGCUUAUCAACAAAUUGAAAUUCAAAUAAAAACCAGCAAGCAUUCAGUGCGAACAAAUAUUUCAAGCAAUUGGAUCUAACUUUGAUAUAAACAACACCCAAAACAACAAACAGCAGCCAACAGCCGCUUCUGCGAAACUUUUAAGUUUCUCCUAUCGGCGGGCAGUAAAAAACAGCGGCGCCGCCGCCGUUGAGGGCUGUCCAGCGAUGACAGCGAUCAGGAAGCGCAUUUGACACGCAGCCCAAGAUCUCAACUACACACACACACACAUACACAAAAACACUAUCACACACACACACAAUACACUCACCAAAAUCAAAAACCAAAAAGCAAACAUAUUUCAAAAGUGAGGAGUAGCAACAAAUGUGGAAAAUGUUGGACUCCAUGAUGGAUGCCGAGCUCUUCAUGUUCGAUUGCGACGAAUGCGCCGGCAUGCCGCUAGCCCCCCCGCCACAGUUCCUGAUACCGCCGCCGCCGCGGCCGCCGGCGCUGGCCGAGUACACUGUGGUGCCGCAGGACUGCAACGAGGAGCAACUGGCGCAACAGCAGUGGGAGAGCGACGUCUGCCAGGCCAUACCGAUUCUGGAUGCCAGUUUAUACAGCAGCCAAUCACUGGCCACCUCAGCGAUGAUAGCGGUUUUUUCACUGCUGCUGGUGCUCAUUGUGCUCAUCUCCUCGCUCUUCGUCUGGAAAAACAAGCGAAAGGUACAGAACCUUCUACCCUGCAAGACAGCCACGCGUGGCACGCUGAACGGCACGCUGCCUCUGGGCGGCGGCGGGGGUGGGCACAGCGGUCAGCACCACCACCUGGCAUUGUAUGAGGAUCCGGAUGCGCACCUUGGCCACCAUCGGCCGCUCGUGGUGCGGCAUCAUCAGUAUCAGCACGCGCACCAUCAUCUCCAGCACCAGCACCAGCAUCCACAUCAUCAUCAUCACCAUCUUCAGCACUAUCAGCAGCAUCCGCACACAGAGCUGCUGCAGGGCAAGAGCAUACAUUAUCCCAGCGGUUAUCCGAUGACGCGCUCACCGCCCUUCCUCGUCAGCUCCUCGCCCGGCCCGGAUCCCUACCGCUCGAAUGACAACGUCUACGAGGAGCUCGGCCCCGGCCGCGUGGACUCCGAUGGGGAGUCGGAGCCGCCGCUGCACUCGGACGACGACUUCGCCGAGGACGAGCUGUCGCUGCCAGGCGAAUGCAGCUUUCACAAGGAGGCAAACAGCACGCCGCUAACGGGCGCCGCUGCCCCGGCCACGCCUUAUCACGAACGCGCUGCGGGCAGCAGCACCAGCAGCGCUGCCGUUGCGAGUGCUGCCGCAGCAGUUGCGGCCACUGGCAGCCAGGUGGCGCCACCGCCACAGGAGCGGCACAGCGUGCUCAGCUCGAGCUCGUCGACGGCGCACGAUGCCUCCACGGCCAGCGCGUCCACCAGCAGCAACCCCCACAACAGCCACAACAGCAGCAACAACAACAACAGCGACAACAAUGAGCUGGCGAGCGGCGGCCCGCUGCGUCGAACGCAGCGCAGUCGGCAGCAGCGCGCGCAGGACGAGCUGAACAACAGCAGCUCCACGGCGGACAUUGCGGAUUUGGCGCCGCUGUACGACAAUCGCAGCAACAUGAUGUCCCUCGGCUACUUGGCCCGCUCGACUGCGCCUCAGUUCUACAACACGCUCGAGCACGAGGUGGAGCGCCGCAAUCGGAUUAACGCGCAGCUCAGCCAGGCGCCAGCGCCGCCGUUGGCGACCAUCUACCGGGAGCGCAUCCGCUACCCGAGCGUGCAGCAGUAUGCGCCCAACAGCGCCAAUGGCCUCAUGGCGGCCACGAUGCGAGCGCGCACCCAGCCCCGGCUUCUGGAUCGGCGGAUGCCGGCGCAUCAGCAUCAGCAUCAUCGCAUUCACGCCGCGCCGCUGGCCACCGAGCCGGCCUACGGGUAUGCGGAGCCGAUGUACAAUGCCAACUACUACUACGACAGCGCCGGCGUGGGGCCCGUGGGCGUGGCUGCCGGUUCGGCGCGGCCCUAUGCCUCCACACUGCUGCCCACAGCGGCCUCCGACUACAGGCAGCCCUACGGCGACUCGAGCUUUGGCUCCGACUCCGGCUACAGCCACCACACGCCCGCCAGCUCGAUUGGACGGCAGGACUAUGAUCUGGCUGAGCCGCAACUGAAGCCGAGUAAGCUAAGCGCCGCGUUGAGCUUUGGCUGGCAUCGGUCGAGAAAGUCCUCCGGCACGCCCACUGCUACAGCGACGCCCAUCGCGUCGAUCAGCAGCAACGAGGCGACCAGCCCCAACAACAACAGCGCCUGCUCCACGGUCACCUCGCAGCUGGACAAUAAUAAUGCGAGCAGCCUGUCCCCGGCGUAGAUCGGACAGGUAUUGCACAUACCCAACCAGACUUGAGCCAAAAGUGUAUAUAACAUAAGAGAGAGGGAGAGGGAAAGAUAGAGAGAGAGAGCCCUCUCCCUCUUCAUGUACAGCCAGCUAGCAAUAGUUCCUAGUAUCUAAGCCCACUUCUGUAUUUAGCCAAUAGUUCAGUGUACUACAGACAAGUUCCCAACAAUCUGUCUCUCUCUCUGCUGCGUGUACAUCGUAAAAGCAAUAGCCGUAGAUAGAUAUGCUCUAGCUAGGUACUCCGAGCGCCCCCUCUUCAUAUGCAUAUAUCCUAUUUGGGGGCCUGCCAUACAUAAGUUAAAAGUCAGUUUAAAUUCUAGAUAACAAAGAACUUAUAGCGCCUAAGUGUUUUUCCAAUGUGAUUGCCAAAUUCUACAAUUUAAAAUAAUGAACAACUGAAACAAAACAAACUAAUUUAUAACGUAAUUUAUG